UUCUUCCUCCUCUUCCAUCCCUUCUUCCUCUUUUUCCUUCCUCCUUCGACCUUUUUCUUGUUGUUUCUCUCUCCCCUUUCUUCAUCUUCCUCUUUCCCCUUCCAGAUCUAUGUGGACGCCUGGGGACGCUUGGGGCUGCCUGGGUUCGGCGUCGGUGGAUGAUGGGUAUUUUAGAAGGAAUUAUUCAACCCUUGCUGCAGUUGUAGAAACAGUAGAGAGUGAAGAGGAAGAAGUUGGUGAAAGCGAGGGAGAGGAAAGUGAUCAAUGAGAAGAAAAGGAGGGUAUAGAUCUGGUUUUGUUCUUUUGCUUAUUUUGUGUUUUCUAUGUGUAUUUUCUGAGUUGAUUAAAUGGUUUUCGUGUUGAUUAUUUUCGAGAUUAGAUCUGCAUUUGGCUUUGGCUUGUAUGUGAUUUGGCUCGAAUUGCUUUUUUUCUAGAAAUUCUUUACUCUUUUUAAUCUAUGUUCCUUUCUGUUAGUUGGCUUAGGAGAUCUCGGCUUUGCUGUUUAGUAUAUUCGAGAUUAGUUUCCAUGUUAUGUGAUGAAACCCAUAUCUGGGUUUGA